AUGGAUGUUCUGCGACUAGAUAUUGUGCUAGAUAAGCAGACCAACCGCAAGGUUGUAAACCGACGUUUCCGACUCCUCCAGACGAUAGGUCAGGGUCAAUUCGGCAAGGUGAUACUAGCAGAAGACCUCAGCAAAGACCAUGGACUCGUGGCAAUCAAGACCAUUAAUAGAGUUGAUCGAGCCAAAUUGAUAACAAAGACUUAUUUGAGUCACACGACAAAGAUCAAACGCGAGAUACAGAUAAUGAAAGAGUGUGAUCACCCCAAUGUGGUGAAGCUUUAUCAAGUUAUAGACGACCUCAAGUUCGAUAAGAUCUUGCUAGUGCUAGAGUACUGCAAGUUUGGAGAGAUUGACUGGAAGAAGUAUAAUCACUUCCAUGAGAAAUAUCUAAAAGAUGGGAGCAAAGGCAUCACGCUAAACAAGAUCGUGAGAGACGUUGUCAAUGGACUCGAAUACCUUCACAGUUACAAAAGAAUCAUUCAUAGGGACCUCAAGCCCUCCAAUCUACUUAUAAGUCUGGACCGGACAAUCAAGAUUUCAGACUUUGGAGUGAGCUUGAUUCUCGAGAACAACACUAAUGAUGACAAGGAGCUAGGGAAGACGAUGGGAACACCGGCAUUUUAUGCCCCAGAGCUCUGCCAAUUCGUGAACAACAGGCUACUGAUGCUAAAUGAAGCUGAUAUGGCACGCUCAAAAGUUGAUGCAAGGAUCGAUAUUUGGUCCUUCGGUGUUGUCAUCUACUGUCUUUUCUUUCACCAACUACCGUUCGAAGGGCACAACGAAUUCAGCUUAUUCAAGACGAUCGUCAACGGUGAACUCAAGUUCCCACGAACCAGAGAGAGCUCCCAUGUGAGGAUGGAGGACUUGAAGGAACUAGAGCUUCUCAAGGACCUCAUCAAGAGACUUCUCGCCAAGGACCCAAACUCACGUCCCACGCUUUCAGAAAUCAAGCAACACAAGUUCACAACUUUUGAAUUGACCAGAAAAGAGGCCGAGACAUUCUUUAAUUUCAACAAGAAUAUCAUUUCGCAGCAAGACCCCUUGGCUGCCGAAGCCUGGGAAGCUGAGAACCGUAUGUCCAACAAAAUUAAAAGGUUCUUUGGAGCAGGAAGACCUGAAAAUGAAAUUCCUCCAUCGUCGAGACCAAUUCUGGUGGAUCAGCCAGUACUGCCCGUUAAAGGCAUCAAUGUUCUUGACCUAGAAAAGGUCGAUGACCUAUUAGACUCCUACCUUGAUGACUCGAGCUCAAUGGGAUCGCUUUCAGAUGAGGAAGGCGGUGCAUCAGUCAUCGACACCACAAACGUUUUAUCGUCAAUCAAGUUGGACAGAGAAAAACUACCGCAUACUACUUUGAAGAAAUCGGAUUCCGCACAGCUGAGGCUCUCAAGAAGUUCAGUACCGCCACCUUUGAAGCUUUCAUCAUCAUCUCUCUCAGUCCACAAAGGUGGAUCGACUCUGUCGUUUCCACAACCUCCAGCAUCGCCCUUCAGCUCCGGUCAGAGAACACCCAGUACUGCCGCAAGUAAUACUGUCACAAUUGGGGAAGGAUCUCCAUCGUCGAUCAAGUCGAUUUUCAGCCCCAGUCGCCGCUUCUUUGCUAAAAUCAAGCCGACGAUCAAUUCGCUUUAUUCGCCUACCCAUGGGGAAGGAAAUACGGCAACCUCAUUUUCAGAUUUGGCACCCCCGCCAUUUUUUGGCCGUUCGGAUAGGAGGGGAUCGACACUGGAACUGAUCAGCAGCGUUCAAAGCACUGGAGGCUUUGGCUCGAGGAAGAAUUCCAUCAGCUCUACGCGAUCGAACGGGUUAUCGAAGAUCACCAGUUCCAGCUCCCUGUUGAAUCUUCACGGCUAUCUUACAGAUGAAAGCUCCACCUCGUUCAGCGGAAAGUGGCAGAAGGCCGUGGCUCGGGAAUUAGGAAGCGAGGAUGAGGAAGACAAACACGCACAUUCCCUGAGCGAUAGCGACGAGGUUGGCGACGAGACUCUAACAAUGCUGCCAAACAAGCUGGGAACAAUGGACCAGUAUCUUGAUCGACUCGAAACUAAGCAGGCUUAG